AUGAAUAAAAAGACCGGAAAGGAUAGGCAAAAGAUUGAAAUGAAAUUAAUUGAAUCUAAAGAAGCACACACUGUUACUUUCCCAAAAUGGGAAAAAGGAUUGUUCAAGAAAACAGAUGAGAAUUCAACUCUGACCGGAGCAGAUGUAGGUGUUUUACUCUUUUCACCAAGUGGAAAACCAUAUUCCUAUGGCUCCACGAGUAAAGAUGAAAUAACUCAUAAAUUUUUUAAUCUAAAACUAGAGGAUCGCCAAGGUGAAGGUGCUCAUGUCGAUGUGGGCAAAUCAAAUGUCUUUGAGGCAUUUGAAGAAAACGAAGGUUAUGGAGUUCUUGUGUAA